AUGGACAACACCAGCGUCUCAUUCGAUCCUGAAAACAUGUAUACCAGCCAGACAAACGGCGACACCAAACGACUUGUUAUCGCCAACUACACCGUAGCUCAAGCUCCUGCUAAUGCUACUAACGCAAGCGUCGUGAAUGGAUGGCACACCAGUAAGAGCGACCCAGAGGAGCACUGUACAGUCGACUACCGAUGCAAUGGCAAGAACAAACGCCGUCAUGUCUACGACACCGAUGGGACAAACCAAGGGAUUGCCCGGAUGUAUGGUGCCAGAAAGGUUCAUGUUUGGUUCUCUGGCGCUCUUCGAUGUAUGGGGUAA